CUCCCCAUUGCCCUACUUCUUUUCCAGUCCUCCCUUUCAUCAGGCCCUUUUCCCUAAUUUCUCUUGGGACGCUAGGGACGUUCCUGCCAGGAUGAGUCACAGGAAGUUCGAGCAUCCGCGCCAUGGUUCCCUCGGCUUCUUGCCCCGGAAGCGCUGCAAGCGCUCACGCGGGAAAGUGAAGUCGUUUCCCAAGGAUGACCCCACCAAGGCGCCGCACCUGACGGCGUUCCUGGGCUACAAGGCCGGCAUGACGCACAUCGUCCGCGAGGUCGAGAAGCCCGGAUCCCGUCUGCACAAGAAGGAGGCGGCGGAGGCGGUCACCAUCGUCGAAACCCCUCCCAUGAUCGUCUGCGGACUCGUCGCCUACGUGAAGACGGCCCACGGCCCGCGCACGCUCACGCACGUGUACGCCGGGCAUCUGAGCGACAACGUCCGGCGCCGGUGGUACAAGAACUGGCACAAGUCGAAGAAAAAAGCGUUCACCAAGUACGCUAAGAAGUUCAGCACCGAGGACGGGAAGAAGGAGAUCGAGGAGGAGCUCGAGCGCAUGAAGAAGCACGCGUCGAUCAUCCGCGUGAUGGCACACACCGAGGUGCACAAGCUCAAGGGCAUCAAGCAGAAGAAGUCUCAUCUGAUGGAGAUCCAGAUCAACGGCGGGACCAUCGAGGAGAAGGUCGACUGGGGCUACAAGCUGUUCGAGAAGGCCGUUCCGAUCGAUGCCGUUUUCAGGAAGGACGAGAUGAUUGACAUUAUCGCCAUCACCAAGGGUCACGGUAACGAGGGUGUGGUGCACCGUUGGGGUGUCACCCGCCUGCCUCGCAAGACCCAUCGCGGUCUUCGCAAGGUUGCCUGUAUCGGAGCGUGGCAUCCGGCUCGUGUCGCGUACACCGUGGCGCGCGCCGGUCAGAAUGGUUACCAUCACCGCACGGAGCUCAACAAGAAGAUCUACAAGAUCGGGAAGAAGGGCGACGAGAGCCACAAGGCCAGCACCGACUACGACCGCACUGACAAGGAGAUCACCCCGAUGGGCGGCUUCGCGCAGUACGGUGUGGUCGGGGAGGACUACAUCAUGAUCAAGGGGUGCUGCCCCGGCGUGCGCAAGCGCGUGGUGACUCUCCGCCGGUCGCUGCUGAAGCAGACGUCGCGCAACGCGCUGGAGGAGGUGAAGCUCAAGUUCAUCGACACCUCCUCCAAGUUCGGCCACGGCCGCUUCCAGACGUCCGAGGAGAAGGCCAAGUUCUACGGCCGCACCAAGGCCUAGAGCGUGGGGCGCGAAUGUGGGACCUGUGUGGAGGCAGGGCCGCGAAGAUGCUUAUGCGUCAUGGCACGUGGCUUGGGCCGCUGGUACUGUGCCCAGCGGCUGAAGGAGAGCAAGCCCCACACCACGACCACGUAUCCUGCACUAUGUGGUUUGGUUGGGGGGCUUGCUUCUCUGGGCGCCCUGCACCACUGCCAUGCCCUCUGCCUUCCCUUGCUUAGUGGCUGGAGUCUCCACAUGGCAGUGUUGGCUUGAGGGGGGAUUGAUGCAGUCGAACUUUGAGAACAUGGAUGUGACGUCGUUCUAUUGGAGUUUGAUCCGUCGUUUCAUUUGUGUACAGCAAGAAUAGUUGCGUAGAUCUGUUAAUCAGUUAAUUUGUCAUCUAGGCAGGGCCAAUAACCUCCUAAUUGAGUCACUUUGUGGGGCCAGCAGUUCGCUGCUAGCCCUCCGAAUUCCAUAAAUUAUGCCGCCCAUA